AUGGAGAAUUGGAUAAAUUCGAGAAGUUCGACAACCAGUCAAAUGACUUAUGAUGGAGACAACAACACAAAAACUUUUGGAAUGGGUGGUGUUUCAAUUAAUAGGCUGCUGUUGGUUAGCACUUCAUGCAACGUGAAGAAGAAGAAGUUUUACAUCGGUGACUACAAGUUACUGGCGGAGAUAGGGAACGGAAAGUUUGCAACCGUGGCUCUAGUCAGACACAGCUUUUCGAGAAUGCACUAUGCCCUUAAGAUCAUCUUGAAGACUGCCAACAGAGCCAAGAAGAUCAAGUCAGAAAUCCAGGUCCAGAGUAUUCUGUCGGAGCAUAGGAAUCCAUUCAUCAUUGACUUCUAUAGAACUUUCCACACAAAUGGCCACGUAUGUCAUCUGAUGGAGUACAUGGAGUAUGGGAACCUGAUGCAGCAUCUAAAGCACUGCAAGUUCUCCGAAUCGAAAGCCAGAUUCUAUAUUGCCUGCACGCUUAACGCCCUGGAACACGUGCACAACUUGAAUAUAGCCCAUAAGUUGGUUUAG